AUGCGUUUCGACAUUGUAUCUCUCACGGCUGGCUUUGCCGCCACUGCCUCAGCUCAGUGCUAUGGCAACUACUUCAGCUUCUACAACCGCAACGGUCCGGCUAUGAGCUACCAGCGUCUCGACCCUGGUCUGUUCCCUGGAGCUGAGAGCCCCCAUCUUCACUCCUUUGACGGAGGAAACGGACUGAAGCAGACGGUCGACUACGCCGGCCUCCAGGACUCGUCCUGCUCCACUGCUCGUGUCAAGAGUGACAAGUCUUUGUACUGGCGCCCUACCUUGUUCUUCAAGAGCGACGCCGGCUUCCAGCGUGUUCCCGAGAAGGCAACCAAGAUCUACUACAAGUACGGUGAUGGAAACAACUGGGCAAACGUCACUGCGUACCCUAAGGGUUUCAACAUGGUUGCUGGAAGGCCCAACAGGCGCAGCAACAGUGACGACAACGCAGCCGGUGUCCGCUGGGGCUGCCACCAGCCCGACGGCGGCGAGACGGCUAUCUUCGACAACGGUUUCCCCAAGGGCUUCACCUCUUGCAAGUUCGGUUUUGCCUCUGAAGUGACCUAUCCUUCUUGCUGGAACGGAGAGCCCAUGGAUCCCAAAGAUGGCUAUGCGCACAUGGCCUACCCCAAUGGCAACAGCGGUGUUGGUAUUGAGAACUGCCCCGUCACCCACAGAGCCGCACGCUUCCCCACUCUUUUCAUCGAGUACUGGUGGGACAUUUCGUCUUUCAAAUUCGGUCCUGAUGAGGCUCCUUGGGUCCUCUCCAACGGCGAUGCCACUGGAUACGGCUUCCAUGCUGACUUCAUGAACGGAUGGGACGAGGGUGUCCUCGACAAGGCCAUCAGCGAGAACGACGGUUGCAAGUGCGGCUGUGGUUGCGGUCAAGAACAAAUGGAGCAAUGCUUUGGCUCCGCCAACGUCAACAAGGACAGUGAUGACUCCUGGGCAAGCUGCUCUGCCGCCGAGACCCGUAUGUCGAACGAUGCAGAGAUCCUAGACGCCCUCCCAGGCUGCAACCCCGUCCAGUACGGUCCCGCCUCCGCUACUCCCGCCUCCGGCGCUGGCUGCAACGCUGCCCCAGCUGCCCCUACCGGCAACAAGAGCACUCAAGCCUCCUCCCCAGCAGCAACCCAGACUCCUUCUGGCAACGCCUCAGCUCCUGCCGACUACAAGUCCACCUCCAAGGCCUCUCCCGCCGUAACUCCCGACGCCACCCCCGAAGCCACCAGCUCCCCCUCCCUCUACCCCUCCUACGCCGCCGGCCUCCCCAACAAGGGCGUCGACAAGGAGGAAUCCGGCGACUACGACGCCGCACAGCCAACUCCUAUCGCUUCUCCCACCGCCCCGGCUGAUAAGACUCCCAGCCCCGUCGCUGGCGGCUCCAACAACAGCGAUGACGAGGAAGAGGAAGACUGCAAGCCCCCCGUCACAGUCACAUACACACCCACCGUCACCGUCACCGCCACCGUUGCAAACGUCGCCGACGCAUCUAUCUGCACCGGUGCACCAACUGUGUACAAGACCUUGACUGAGACGGUUACCGUACAGGCUUCGGGCGCCAAGGAGACUCCUGCCUCGUACUACUAA